AUGAACCCCUCGCCGUCCACGCAUUCGUCCCGCAAUGGGAGAGUGUCGUUUGGCGCGCACGGCACCACCCAUUCCCUCUUGCUCGAGCGGACAAAGGCAAACACGAACAGACGGCCGACUCCCGACAGCGAGGUCAUGGUGUCAUCCGACGAGGAGCACUCUGGCAGUGCACAUGGCCAGCAGUCUGCUCUUCGAAGGGACUCAGCUUCGAGGCCCGCAACCUCGUGGUUGAGCGAUAUUGGACAGCCGCCACAGGGUCGUAAAUAUUCACUAGGAGGCUUGUCAAUAGGCUCGAACAAUUCGCAGCCGCCCACGCCCUCCUCCGAGACCACGCCACGCCUCACUACAACCGGCCAAGGCCGUUCAGGCUCAAUCACUUUCACUGGCAAUAUAUGGGCGCCUGAUCGCAACAACAAUAGUCGCUUUUCCGACAGCCCGGCCUCUCCCCUUUCUCUCGCACCACUUUCCUCAGAGCCAAACAACAAUUCGUCAUUCCAACGAGACCGUCGUUAUAGCGGCAUUGGCGUCGACAUUCCUCUUAAACCUACCUUCAAGCCCCAGCAGCAACGAGCAAUGAGUUUCUCCGUUGCCCAGCAGGUCUCCUCGGACGAUGAAGAUCCCAUUCACCCCUUUGCCCUCAACCGUGUACGGACCGGAGGACAGCUGUCAAACGUACAACGCAAGGCUUCACUCUCGCAGGUCCGUGAGGAUGACGAUGACAGCAACCAGGGCGUCAGACUUCACCCUGAAAUGGACGCUGGCGGAUCGCGCGAUCUUUUAAAGAGAGCUGUUCGUCAUCGUACUUUCAGUUCCAACGUUUCCGGAUACUCCGAUCUACCCUGGCCAACUUAUCAACGACGCUCCACGACACUACCGGUUGCAGAGGACGCUAUUGAGGAUCUCGAGGAGUUCACCAUGCCAGAGUCACGACGUCACUCACUUGCCCACGUGGCAACGAGGCAACAGAGCCAGCCGAUUAUCAACAGUCGCUCAUCCUUUGAUCGUGGCCAGAUCCUUCAGUCUUCUGGUCCCAAUACCACGUCCGCGAACAGAGAUCAUCCAGGCUUUGGAUCCUCCUCCGACCAUUACUUCAACACCCUUCCACAGAGCUACGAAAAUCCCCAAUCUCGCGCCUUUGACAUGCCGUCCAACAAUAACAACAAUAACAACAUCACCUCGCCUGAAAUCGACGCUGUUCGAGAGCAGUACCUUGCUCGUGAGGCUGCUGCCUCUCGUGAACUGUACGACUUGAAGCGUAACUACGCUACUCAGACUACAAAGGACGUGAACGCGCCUGUCUAUGCCAUCCACCGACAGCUCAAGACGCAGAAUGAUCCUGUAGAGCUUGUCACACCACUCUAUACCCACAAUGAUAAUCAAGAGGUGUUUGGAUUUCUGAUUCAUACUUUAGGCUACUUCAAUGGCAGUGGCGUCGCGGAGAGGAACAGGCAAGAGAUUGCUGCCAAUCCGCGCCCGCAACCUGAUCCCAUCGUUCCGGACAGACAGCUACCUGCCAUGCUCAAGGGUUCCGAGCGAAAGACCUUGCACCUGAUCAAAUUCAAGUGCGAGCGGGCUGAAGUAUACUACAUGCCGGAGGGCACAGGCUUGCAGCUCGUCAAGGGGCAGUUGGUCAUUUGCGAAGGCGACCGCGGCUACGAUAUCGGCGAGGUCGAGAAAGCCAACAUUGAACUCAGUGACGUCAAGCCCUUGCGCCAGAUGUACCAGGAGAAGCAUUUUAUCUGGCUCAUGAUGUUUUCGCACGCACGAGAGACGAAUCCUACGGUACGCUGGGCACUCAGUAAACUUGAUCCCCACAACGCUUCGGCUCGCCAUCCAGAACACGAAGCCGAGCCAGAGGGCCGCGCCCAGAACUUCAAACUCAUCAAGCGCCUCGCCAUCCCAGUCGAGUUUGCGUCCUUGCAGGAGAAGGAGGGAGACGAGACCAAGGCAAAGCGUAUCUGUCAACAAAAGGUCAUCGAGCACGGCUUGACCAUGGAGAUUCUGGAUGCUGAAUUCCAGCUCGACCGCCACAAGCUGACUUACUUUUACUACGCCGAAAAGUACAUCAAUUUCAACGAGCUCGUCAACGAUCUCUUCAAGAUCUUCAAGACCAGGAUCUGGAUGUCUGCGGUCAACCCUGCGUCCUUUGCACCCCAACCACACCAUCGUGGCCACGGUCCACCAUCUCCUCAGCAGGCCGGCGCCUUGACUCAGCCUCCGCCGUAUGGUGCAGCAGCAUAUGCCCAGCCGAGCAUCGUUCACCACCGCAACGUCCAGCAAGCACAGCAUGAAGCGUCCACAUCUGCCCAAUUCAACAGCCACUACAACACUCAGAACAACGCUUACGCGGCCUCGUCUGUACCUCCAGCAUUCGGCUAUCCCGCUGCGACUCCGGCUCCGACAAUGAGCUUCAAUCCAUACGCCCAGCCUUACACCGGCAGCUCGGCUUGGGGUGCCCCAGGCACCUUCACUGCGGCCUCUGGUACUUCAGCUCCCUGGGGCGCCUCCAGCGGUGCUUCAUCAAGCUUUGAUUCAAGAACAGGAUCCGCUGCCGGAGCUCGUGCUGGGGGUCCUACUACUGGCAAUCCGCGUGGCGGUACUCAGCAGCCGAUCGAUCGCCCUCGUCACCGUUCCUCGAACGAAGAUGGACGCGAUGAAGCAACCCGCGCCGCUUUCUAUUCGGCCGUCACUGGUGGUGUACAGGGCAUGUCCCUCGGUGGAUCUGACAACCGCAAAGACUCGAUGAAGUAG